GUUGUCUCGUAUGGAGUCUUCAGCGAUUGUAACUUUCCUGCAGCACAUACGAUAGAUAACAGUUUGAAAUUCUGCGUUGUAAAGAUGGGUUUCAAGGUUAUUCGUGAGGUACUGCUGCAGCUUCUUCAGGAAAACAUUCCAGGAGAUUCCCAUCCCAUACUAUGUUUGGCAAAAACUGAUCAAGAGCGCUUGAAGGCUAAAAAGCAUCGUGAUGGUAUUGAUGAUGAGGAUGAAGGUUCUCUGAUCACUGUUGAGAAAAAAAAGAGACGUAUUUGGCUUAGACAAGCAUAUGUAUCACCGAUCGCGUUUGCAGGAAUUCAGCGUAAUACGAGUGGCAAAGCUACUCAUGAUGUAUCAUCCCAAGAAUACUUGUCCGAGUUUGGACGAGAAAAGCGCUUACGCUGUCAAGCCACUAGAGGAACAGUCGCCCUAUUCAAUGCUGUCAAGCAACAUCAAAGCAACAUAGGAAAACAGAUUCAGGGGUCAAAAUCGGGUUUUGAAGAGGAGAGAAUCUUAACGCAAAUCACAACUACAGAUUUUUUAGACCGACUUUCUGCUGGAAUAAGCAGUUCUAAGGUAUCUAAAAACCAAUGAAAGCAAUCCAGUAUUUUGUACAGUAAUUUUCAAUAAAACAAUACACAUUAUGCUUCUACUAACCCUCACUUUGCUCUAAUAAUUUAAACUGUAGGUUUCGAAUGUUGACCAAUAUUUUCCAUGCUUGUUUUGUGAUAGUUUCUUUCUGCCUAUAUGUUCUGUUGCAGACUUCAUUUAUCAGAGCUCGUAUUGUCAAAGGUGCUUUGUGUGGCACCAUCAUUAGAUCAUUAGAGUCAUCCACCAGUAAUAUCUAGGAUGUGUAAGCUAUUUGUACGGGUUGUCCUUUUUAUUCACUUUUCCAUCAUUGGGUCGUCUGAGUUAUU